AGAGUGAAAAGGAGAGGACGACGGGAAUUCUGCCUGACGAAGUGUGACGCAAUAAAGAGGGAAAGGCGGAAUCCCCGCCCCCCCGAUCAACCAACAUUUCCCCGUAACAAUCCAUCACCUUCACUGCUUGCAAGGUGACCUGGCCUGAGUGGUCAUGAGCAGGUACUGCCAUGUUUCAAGUGCCCUUGCCCUCUUGGUCCUCCUAACGGGGACGUCCUUCCUGCCUCUGUCCACGUCCACUCCAGUCGACACCCCUGGUGACAUUGAUAGCCCUCACAGGACGACUCCUCCUCGGCCAACUGUGUCAGCAGAUGUGGAGAAACGAAAUGAGGAAGGAGAACUAGUUACAAAAGAAGGAGCAACAGUCGAGGAAGAAGACACGGAUGAGCUCUUCAAGGAUGUGGACCCAAAAACACUUGCAGCAGUUUUACUGGAGGCUUUAAAUUGGUCUCAGGCAGAGAGAAGAAGAGAGGAAGACUGGUAUGAUGGGAGAGAAGACAUUAAGGAAGCGAGGGAGGAAAGCAGGGAAGUGAGGAUGAUGGAGGGAGAAGAAAAAGGCAGAGAUGGUCGACAGAAGUUAGACCUGCUGAUGGCUGCACAAGGGACCGAGGCAGAGGAAAGACAGAAGCUCCAGGAAGAAGAAGAGAAGCUGACAGAGAAGGUCACCAGUAGAACCACAAGCCAGACAAUACAGACACGAAAAGAACAGCAGCCCGUGACUGCGGAUGGAAGAGAGAAAGACACGGAGGCUGCUGGCUCCCUUCAUCAAGGAAUACAAAACAGCAAUGAAGAGGAGGAGCAACUCAGCCCGGAGGAGCUGAAGAAUCUUGAGACUGUCAUGAAGGAAUUUCCAAGUCUGAGCACAGUGAGCAAAAGGGAGAGAGAUUCCGAGCAAAGCCAGCGGAGCAGCAGAGGGUACAGUGCCUACAACAACGUCCUGGUGAAAAACAAAGGCAACGACCUCGCGAUGUCGAAGAAGAAACUGAAGUGGCAAGAAGAGACACAGAAAGCCUUGAACUUCCCCACGUUUCUGGGAGGUAAUUUCAUGGAUGAGUUUGAAGAUAACCGUUAUGCUGGUGGUAAUGCAGCAGUACAACGGCCUCCACCAGAGAAGAAUGUGGUCAAUGGUAACGAAGCUGAAGAAGAGGAGGAGGAGGAAGAGGAGCUGAGUCCAGAGGAGGAGGAGGCUCGGGCUAAAGCAGAGCAAGAGGAGAUGCGGAGGCAGGCAGCCGAGGCUCAGCGAGCCAAGCUGGAGGAGGAGAAGUUAGCCGACAUCGCUUCGGACAUGCUGCUACGGUACAUGGUCAAACAAAACAAUGGAGAGAAGAAGUAUGGCUCUGCUUUAUCCAACGCGGCGGAGGACAAGCGUUCCAAUGAAGAGCAGGAGGUGACCGAGCAGGACAUUGAUCCUCAGACCAUUGACAAGCUGAUUGAGAUCUCUAGCAAGCUCCACCUUCCUGCCGAUGACGUGGUCGACAUCAUCAGUGAUGUGGAGAAGAAGAAGAAGAAAGACAUACCGUCUGAAAUUAUAUCACAUUUUCGACAGCCCGUGACACCCCUCGUGUCGCCGUCACUGCUAACCACCACCGGCGGCUUUUCAGUGCCACAGAGUUCCAACAAUCAAAAUAACUUCCCCGUGUUUAAACAGCCUUCUCCAGGUGCUAGUGGACUCAAAACCUGGUUCCAAGAUAAAUCUCCUGUCCAAUCACAGGACCGCUGGUUCAAACCCGCCAGUCAGAACCUUUGGUUUAAACCACGGCAGCCCCUGUCAGUCAAACAGGAUCUCUUAGUCAGCUCACCGAAGUCUGUUUGGACCAGCUACCCCCCGUACUUUCAUUACCCAUCAUACUACCAAAAGAAGCCCAAUCGAGACCGUUACCCAUUUUAUUUUCCUCCACCUCAAAGACAGUGGCCUCGUUACUAUUUCCCCAAGCCUGGUCUUGCCCGCAACAACUUCCUGGACAGUUCUAUGGAUGACCCCUACUCGUUUCCUUCCAAGCAUCAUUUCUACAAUUGGGUCCAGCCUAGGUUGAGAAAACCCUCAUCAGAUGUCCAGCAGAAGUCGUACUACACCAGCUAUUCCCGACCACUCUACCACCAGACAUUUCAGCCAGUACCCCUCCUCAAACCGCGCCCGCCUCCCCAGAUGGCACUACUUCCUGCCCAGCAAAAGCAGUUUUAUUAUUUUCCACCUGCGCCAGCAGUGAAUAAAAAUGGGGAUUAUUACGGUACUGUGGUUGGAAAUAGGCUGGACAACGCUAACCGAGACGACCUGAAGAAAUACAUCCAACAGAUACUUGCGAAACAACCACAGAUCAGAAGAGCGUGUUUUAAUGGCACUCAGCAAAGCUCUUUGCAAUGAAACGCACAACAUCAAACAGCAUAUUUCACACAAAGCGCCGUGUGAGCUCAACUAACUGAACUAUAAUGCUUUGGAUGACUCAUCCUUUUGCAUAACUUCAAUUACCUUGUUGCUAUAGUGCCAAACAGUGGCCCAGCUGCACACGCAGUUCUUUGCAUUUCCUUCCAUAGUGUGGAUUAGAACAGUGAAAUGGCUCAUUAGGCAGUGUUAAAUUAACACUGCAUUAACUAUGUACUGUAUGUAUGAUUCUA